AUGCCUAUAGCUAAAAUCAUUUUAUUGAUCAUUUUUGAAAUUGUGUCUUUUAUUGGUAUUUUGGGAAAUGGAUUCAUUCUAAUUGUGAAUGGACACCAAUGCUUCCAAAAGAGAAAGAUGACCCCUUAUGAUUUCCUUCUGACCAUCCUGAGUUCUUUCAGGUUUAUCAUGCAGUUGGGUUUUCUGAUAUACUACAUUUUGUACUUCACUCUAAAGAGUAAUUUACAUCUUUUCUUAGGUGAUCCUAUUUUCUUUACCUGGAUGUUUUCCGACAUGAUCAGCCACUGGUCUGCCACAUGGCUCAAUGUUUUCUAUUGUGUAAAGGUCGCCAACUUUGCCAACCCCGUCUUCCUCUGGCUCAAAGCAAAGAUCAAUGUGCUUGCACCCAGGCUGCUUGGACUGUCAAUAGCCAUUUUCAUGGUCACUUGUCUUCCUUCACUUGUUCAUUAUUUUGGACACAUGAAGUGGUGCAAUCUGACAGAGACUCUGCUGGAGAAUGCCAGCCAAAGAGAGGUUUGUGGCUUUCCUGGCGUUAUUUUUCUUCCCAUUCAACUUUCUUUUAAUGUCAUAAAUUUGUGCCUAAGCACAAUUUCAGUCAUUUUUUUGCUUGUCUCUCUGUGGAGACACACAAGAAAUCUCAAGAAAAGUGGUGUUGGUGUUAAGGACUUCAGCACUCAGGUCCACAUUAAAGUCAUGGCCUUUUUGUUGUUCUGGUUCCUUUUCUACUUUGUAUAUUUCAUUGCUCUGAUGGCAUAUUCUGACUUCAUCAUUUGGACAGAUUAUGGGUCAGUUCAAGAUCUGCAUACUGGUAUCUGGAUAUCUGCGUUUCCUUCUGCACACUCUAUUAUACUAAUAUCAACCAAUCCUAAACUGAAAGAAAUUUGUAUUCAUAUCAAAAAAGAAAUCUAUGCUCACAUCAUAAGCAUCGGACACAGCACUUCCUAA